AUGGAAUAUAAAAAACUUGUUAUUGGCAAAAACGAAGAAGACAUAGAGCUGACUGCAAAACGAACCACUGCAUAUGCUGCAUUACCAGAAUGCAUAGUAAGUGGUCUUGUGUUUAGGGGUGCUAGUUUAGUAUCAUCACUGCAUUAUCCUAAUACUAAUGCUAAGUUUGAAUCAGGAGCUAAUAACGAUAUUAAACAACCUACUCAUCCACGAACAGGAUCAAAAAUUGGUUUUUGUUUUUCAAUUAACCUUGUUGUUCUUAUCCUAAUAACUAUCAUUAGUAUUACAAUAUGGUUUAUCUUCAUUAAAAAAGCCGAAACAACAGUUAAUACAACUACAGCUACAAUUAAUGCAUCGACAACAGGACUAACAAUUCUUACAACGUCGACAACAACAACAAAAAUGCUUACAACGUCGACAAUAAAAACAACAAUGAUUACAACAUCGACGGCAACAACAACAAUUCUAACGACGUCAACAUCAGAAACAACAAGUCUUGCAAUGCCGACAACAGAAACAACAAGGCUUACAAUGCUAACAACAGAAAUAACAAUGAUUACAACGUCGACAAAUUUCCAUGCAACAACAAAGAAUGUAUCAAAAUUCAGUAAGUGGAAACAAAAUGCCAUCACUGUGGCUGGCGGAAAUGGAUAUGGACAAGAACUAAAUCAAUUCAAGGGUCCUCGUGGAAUCUUUAUUGAUAAAAAGAAAAAUAUUUUCAUUGCUGAUGGAGAGAAUCAUCGUGUUGUUGAAUGGAAAUGUAACGCAAAAGAAGGACAAAUCAUUAUAGGUGGAAACGGGGAAGGAAAUCGAACGAAUCAAUUGAAUUAUCCAACAGAUUUGAUUAUUGAUCAACAAAAUCAUUCGAUCAUCAUUGCUGAUUGGAAGAACAGACGAAUAAUUCGAUGGUUGAAUCAAAAUCAAGAAAUUCUCAUUCACAAUAUUGACAGUUAUGGCUUGGCAAUGGAUAAAAAUGGAUUUCUUUAUGCUUCUGAUUAUGAGAAAAAUGAAGUGAGACGAUGGAAGACGGGAGAAUACAACAAUGAAGGAAUUGUGGUGGUAGGUGGAAAUGGAAAAGGAAAUCAACUUAAUCAACUCAAUGAUCCUACUUUCAUCUUUGUUGAUGAAGAUCAAUCAGUUUAUGUAUCAAACCACUACGGUCAUCGUGUGAUGAAAUGGAGAAAAGAUGCAAAAGAAGGAACAAUUGUGGCUGGAGGAAAUGGCGAAGGAAGAAAUCUCAAUCAAUUGUCUUCACCUGCAGGAAUAUUUGUUGAUGAUUUAGGUCAAAUAUAUGUGGUAGAUAAUGGGAAUGGUCGAAUAAUGCGUUGGUAUGAAGGAAAAGAAGAGGGUGAAAUUGUUGUUGGUGGAAACGGUGAAGGAAAUCAACCAAAUCAGUUAUAUAGUCCUCGUGGAUUAUCUUUCGAUGAUGAAGGAAAUCUGUAUGUUGUUGAUCGGGGAAAUUAUCGAAUUCAAAAAUUCGAAAUAAUAUUGUGA